GAUCAUUGAAAAUACAUAAAACGAUUAGAAUGUUUUCUGCCGCCGCCUCCACCGCCUCCGCCGCCUCCGCCUCCAGUUACAACGUCGAAAAGCAACAACUUGGCAAUUACGACGGAGCAACAACAACCUGUGACAACAGAAUCGACGACGACCGGUUUAUCGACUAACGAAACAGCGGGAAAUCUAACAACGAUUCAAGCAGCAACCACGUCGUUUCCAAGCCUGCCUGUGCCAACAGCGUAUAUUAUGCAUCCGGCGAUGCAACCACAAACACCUGGACAGCCAACUACACCCUGGUGGGUACCGACGGAUUCCGAUACAUCGGACCUGUAUGCACGGUGGUAUGACACGACCUACAAAGCGGCAGCUGCGGCAGUCGUAUCGCCGACGAUACAAGUUUGCAACAAGACCAAGAACAAGUAUUACAAACGCAAGAACGAGUUCAUCGAUCCCGCGGUAGACGCAGAGAAAGUUGCAAGCGCCCAGAGGGAACUGGCAGCACUAAUGAAACCGCUGAAAUGCGAUCUGUGCAAUGCAGUUAUGAACUCCGCGUUACAAGCAAAGUUACAUUACGAUGGAAAGCCGCAUCAGAAGAAGGUGUCUAUGUUUUUGAAUCAGAGUGUAAAGAAACAAAAGACCGAAGACGGCCAAGUCAGUAGUACGACCACCGACUGGCAAAACUAUUGUGAUAUUUGUAAGACGUGGUUCACGUCGCAAACGGAUGCGACGCAACACUACGCUGGUAAAAAACAUAUUAGAGCAGCGAACGGCGGACGUCGUGCGAGGCCGUCGAAGAAGUCGCAAAAUCAAAAUCAGUACAGUCAAAUAGAUCCCAGCGGCCGAUUCGGAAUGGCUUUUCAGACGGAAGUGCAAUCUACACCGGCACAGCCGGUAGUACCUGACGGUACCAAUGCGGUACCUGCACCAGCAACGGCCUCCAUCUACACACCGCCACCUUAUCCAACGCCGUUGCGUUGCGAUCUCUGCGGUGUUUCGGCAAAUCGACAGGACCAAUUAGAAACGCACAAACGCGGUGCCAGGCACUUGAGAAUGCUCAGAUUGAACGGAUUGCCCGUUCCCGAGCCUGCUGCCGAGAACGAGGCGACACCGGCUACUCCUGGACCUAUAGAUUAUUCCAUUUACCGAACACCAUCAGGCCAGUAUUAUUGUGCACCGUGCAAUCUGUCGUUGAACUCCGAGAGUACGUUUGCUCAGCACGUGGAGAGCAAAAAACAUAAAAAUCAGUCGAACCCAAAGUCUCCGUCUAAUGCCGUAGUGGUGUCGAAGAAAGCUAGAUUCAAGAAGAAAUAAGACCACGGGCGCAUCGUGCACGUGCACGGUCGGUGCACGCUACUUCCUUGUCUGUCCAUUGUUUUCACUGAAACUUUUCUCUCAUUUUUCGGUUACGCAGAUGUAUUGUGGUUGUAUCGCAAGCAACGUGCAGCGAUCUGUGCCUAAUAAUAAGAAAUAAAACUCUUGUUCGAUAUAGGGUCUAGCGGCGAGACUUUCGAGGAAGUCAGUAACCUCUGAGUCUUCCAACGUCACCGCGAGACUAACGAAAAUUACGAAUUAAUGCGAAGCUAGAUCCGAUCGUCGCGCCACUGAUGAGAAAGAUAAGUCUGUUAGUCUGUUAAUCGGUGUUUUAAAUUAAAUACCGAUUAACUGUAAAUUCGAUUUUCAGUAAGCCGAACGGUUAUUUAGACGGUAGCUCGUUAACCGUCUCGGAGGUUGCGCGACUAAUCGCCCACAUUUAUUCAAUUAUGAAACCAUUAGCUCGAACGCUCCCCGCCGUUCAAUUCGCGAAAUCGCGCGCGCUCGUACGGACGCGCGUUUGUCGCGUCCAAGUGAAAUUUAUGCGUCGUUCACUGCCGACCUUCCACAGAAUUUAUGACCGAGCGAACGAGCCAUACCGAACCCUCCUCUAUUAAUUACCUCCUAAGACACGUAUGACGGAUCAACGUUUUCAGCCUGUUUUUACUGUCACUUCCCCGCGACAAAUAUAUCUUUUGACAGCGGUGACCAAAUAAAAAUGUCG